GCGGCGAGAGGGGGCGCGGAGUAGCCGGCGGACCCCCGGGCGCGCACCUCCCCCGGCGCCCUGGCGCUCCGCCGGCGCGAGGCGGGCGGGGUCCCCGGGGCUGCCAUGGAGGUGCCUAGCGUCAAGGACUUCCAGUGGAAGCGCCUGGCGCCCCUGCCCAGCCGCCGGGUCUACUGCUCCCUGCUGGAGACUGGGGGGCAGGUCUAUGCUAUCGGGGGAUGUGACGACAACGGUGUCCCCAUGGACUGCUUUGAGGUGUACUCCCCCGAGGCCGACCAGUGGACCGCCCUGCCGCCCCUGCCCACAGCCCGGGCCGGGGUGGCCGUCACCGCCCUGGGGAAGCGGAUCAUGGUGAUCGGGGGCGUGGGCACCAAUCAGCUGCCCCUGAAGGUCGUGGAGAUGUACAACAUCGAUGAGGGCAAGUGGAGGAGGAGGAGCGCGCUGCGUGAAGCUGCCAUGGGCAUUUCUGUCACGGCCAAAGAUUACCGAGUGUACGCCGCAGGCGGAAUGGGCCUGGACCUCCGUCCACACAGCCACCUUCAACAUUAUGACAUGCUCAAGGACAUGUGGGUGUCCCUAACACCCAUGCCCACUCCGAGAUAUGCUGCCACCUCCUUCCUCCGAGGUUCCAAGAUCUACGUGCUGGGGGGACGACAGUCCAAGUAUGCGGUCAAUGCCUUUGAGGUCUUUGACAUCGAGACUCGCUCCUGGACGAAGUUCCCCAACAUCCCCUGUAAGCGGGCCUUCUCCAGCUUUGUGACCCUGGAGGACCGCUUGUAUAGCCUGGGGGGCCUGCGGCAGGGUCGGCUCUACCGGCAGCCCAAGUUCCUCCGGACGAUGGACGUGUUCGACAUGGACCAGGGGGGAUGGCUGAAGAUGGAACGCUCGUUUUUCCUCAAGAAGCGACGGGCAGACUUUGUGGCCGGCUCUCUGAGUGGACGGGUCAUAGUGGCUGGAGGACUUGGGAACCAGCCCACUGUCCUGGAGACAGCAGAGGCGUUCCACCCUGAGAAGAACAAGUGGGAGGUCCUCCCCGCCAUGCCCACGCCCCGCUGUGCCUGCUCCAGCACUGUCGUCAAGAACUGCCUCCUGGCCGUGGGGGGCGUCAACCAGGGUCUGAGCAAUGCAGUGGAAGCCCUGUGUGUCUCUGACUCCUAGCUGUCCCUGGGCCCAGCGCCUUUGUCCUACACCAGAUCACCCCACUCUUGACAAGAGGAAUGGUCUCAUCAAAGCAGUUUGGGCUACUCCCCAGGAUGCCAGCUCCUAUCAGCAGCCAGUGGGCUCAGGCGCUGUGGCUCUGAGUGACCUCCCUCCGCCUCCAAACCCUACCAGUCACAGGAAACUGGCAGAAGUUGUGAUGACUCCGCCAGCCUGGUUGGAGCUCCGCUGACCUCUGGGGAGAGUCCUCACUGCUCGGGCAGAGGAAGGCACAGGAGUGUCUGCUGCCUCCCCUCCUGUGAAUCCGCUUCUCUCCACCUCCAGGGUAGGAGAUAGGGGGGCAGUUCUCACUCAGAGGAUGGGUUGCUGUCACUGUCCUUUCCCUAGCUCUGAACUCGUUUGAGGAUCUCUUUGGAGGGAAAGUGGAGAGGGUUUGGUGGGGUGGGGUGAUGGGGGGGGUCCCAAGCCCCCCACAUCCUCUCUCCUCUCCCUUGGUCUACAUCCUUUCCCCAUUUGGUGGUCAACUGUGGGCCUGCCCUGGACCUCAUCUACUCAGCAAGAAUUGGCCUUGGAGCUAGAGGCGGCUGAACUGGAAGGGAAGUCAGGUUCCCAUGGAUGGGUCCAGGUUGGCAGCCUUGGCCAGGAAGGACCCAUGUGCCUCGGGGCCCUUGAUGGGAAUCUGAUGAUGGGGAAGGAGCUGACUGCCCGCCCAGGGUCUUCUCCUCACUCUGUUUCUCCUUCUGCCACCCCUCCCCACCAGAGGCCUGGCCCUUUUGUCAUUGAUGGCCCGAGAGUGGUUCAGUGUGAGACCUUCUCAUUUACACUGUGGCAUCACAAUCCAUGAAGGAUGGAGUCAUUGCAUUCUGGUUAACAGCAGCAGCACAAUGAUUAAAAUCUAUAUUCCUA